GACUUCCCAUGUGGCAGUAUCAUGUGCUGAGAUAGAUCUUUGCCAUCUACAGUGAUGGUGAUUAGGCUGAUUACCCCCUCCAUUAAUUUUUUAAGUCCCUUCUCCAAGCUGUCUCAUUGAUGAUCUGUAAACAACAAAGAACCACUUGAUCUUAUAUGUAAUUCAGUGUUUCAAACAAGCCCUUCAUUCAAGGGGGACAACAUGGAACCGUUGGUGGAACGAACUAGGCUUGCAAGAACCAUUUCUCACGCACAAGACGAGUUACAAAGCUUCAGAACAUACCUGAGAUGGAUGUGCGUUGAUCAAUCCAACAUUUGGAUGGGUUGUUUGUCUUGGUUUAUGUUCAUCGUGUUCGGUCUCCUUGUUCCUUUGGUGUCCCACUUUAUGUUAGCUUGUUCCACUUGUGAUGCUACACAUACUAGGCCUUAUGAUUGGGUGGUUCAGCUGUCGUUAAGCAGUGUCUCGGCCUUGUCUUUCGUUUGUUUGACGAGGUUCGUGAAAAAACAUGGUCUGAGGAGGUUCUUGUUCCUUGAUAAGCUUUGUGAUGAAAGUGAGACUGUUAGGAAACAAUACACUGUUCAGCUCAAUAGGUCACUGAAGAUUGUGUCAUUUUUUGUCCUGCCGUGUUUCAUAGCUGAGACUGCAUACAAAGUAUGGUGGUAUGCCUCUGGUGCUUCCCAAAUUCCUUUCUUAGGCAUUGUGUGGUUGAGUGACACAGUGGCCUGUGUCAUGGAGUUAUGUUCCUGGCUCUACCGAACCACGGUCUUCUUCCUCGUGUGUGUCCUGUUUCGCCUCAUCUGCAAUCUCCAGGUUCUCCGGCUCCACGAUUUCGCCAAGGUUUUCAAUGUCGAUUCCGAUGUGGGCUCGGUGUUGCGCGAACACCUCAGGAUCAGGCGGCAAUUGCGGAUCAUUAGCCAUAGGUAUCGAGCAUUCAUAGUAUGGUGCCUCAUCUUGGUCACUUUCAGCCAAUUCACUUCAUUGCUUAUCACUACAAAGAGUAAUUCUCGAUUGAAUAUUUACAAAGCUGGAGAACUUGCUUUGUGCUCUAUAACUCUUCUCACAGGACUCUGUAUAUUGCUUCGAAGUGCAACAAAGAUAACACACAAAGCACAAUCAGUUACAUCCCUUGCUUCAAAGUGGCAUGUUUGUGCAACACUAGAUUCCUUUGAUGAAGGCGAGACCCCGAGGACUCCGGCCAUCCAUGACCAACAAGUGUUACCACACGUGGGUGCAAAUGGUGAAUCUGAAGGUGACGAUCCCGGUGAAGAAGACGACGAGUUGGAUAACUGCAAGCUGAUCCCAGCACAUGCUUAUAGUACCAUUUCAUACCACAAGAGACAAGCUCUAGUGACGUAUUUUGAGAAGAAUCAAGGUGGGAUUACAGUAUAUGGGAUAGCGUUGGAUAGGAGCACACUGCACACCAUUUUUGGGAUUGAGUUAUCAUUUGUUCUAUGGAUACUUGGAAAGACCAUUGGUAUUUCUUGAUUUUCAACUAGAUCGAUUAUUGAAUCAAAUGCUUUCUUGCACAACUUUUUUUUGUUUUUUUUAAGAUUUUGAGCUCAUGGGACAGUUUUUGUGUAUGGGUUUUAUUUCUAAUCCUCGUAUCUUGUAAUUUGGUAGAAGGAAAAUUAUUUGAUAUGUUUAUAAAGGAGUUUUUAGUUCCAUAUAUGAAACUUUGCUCCUAUUAAAUUAACACAUGAGCUGCAAAACCUGGCUGCCACUAUUUGGCUCUUUUGAUAUAUUCAAUCUAAACCAUAUUCACCAUUAAACAAAACCAAUCACACUUUUCACUUAAGUUUAAUAAAUCUGUCAAAAAACCUCGAUAAAUUACCUUCUUUACUAUACUUUUCAACUUAUUUUCCACUUUUCCCCCUUAACAUGGGCAUUCAUGUCUUCUUCAGUUGCUUAGGAUUCUUAACUUCUAGGUUUGAUUCAUCCUUUAGGUUCACCCCAAUUUAAUUGUCUUGUGUCAACCGUGUAUUAAUUCAUUGGUUAAGGGUUAAGGUUUAGGGUUGGGUUUAAACUAGUUUUUGUCUUGAUUCGUUGCAUUUUGAUCCGUAAGAGAAUCAUCAAUUUCACCAUUAUUGGCUAACGGCCGCCCCCAUCAAUUUCUUUUUGUUUGUUGUUAACAUUAAGGGUCCGUUUGAUUGUGGGAUUUGGUUUUCCGGAAAUUAUUUUCCGAAUUUUCCGGCGUUUGUUUGGUGGAAAAUAAAUUCCACAAGAAAACCUUUUACAAACACGGGUAAAAUCACUUCCUUGGUUUUGGAAAACGUCUUACCGAUUUUCCUUCCGUAAGACAUUUUCCAUUCCUUUCUCUACACUCUCAUCGUCUCAGCUUCAAAAAUUCCUUUGCAGACUUUCUUUAGAAAGGUAUGUUUUCUAUUUCCACUUUCAUUUCUACUCAUUUUCUGUGGCUUCUCCCAUUCCAAUCCAUUCUUCAGUUCGAUUCCCUCAAUCCUUCCCGCUCCGACCCUGUACCCGAAUUCCAAUCCAUUCUUAAUUCUCAUUGAAUUAUUUCUUUUGGUGAAUUAAUGCAAUUUCCAGGCUUCUACGUGAUGGGUUUGUAAUUUUCUAAACCUCAUAGCUUUUAUGGGUUUCUUUUUGUUAUUAAUUUUUUAGCUUUUAAUUGUAUUUCUCGGUGUUCUUAACUUUUCUUCCAUUGGAUUGUGGUUUCGUAGCUUAUGGCUUUGUGGGGUUACGCUUGUUCUGUUUAUAGAGCUUCUUCCAUUGGAUUGUCAUUUCUAAGCUUUUAGCUCUCUUGGGGUUCUUGUUUUUAAGUCUAUUGAUGAUGCAAAUUCAUGUUCAGUCCUCAUUCGCACGCUUCAUGUGCUGUCAAGGAUAUGAUACCUAGAUUCUUGAACUCAAAGGUGUUGGAUUGAGUACACAAGGAAUGAAUUUUGGACAAUAUAUAGACCCUUUAGAUUCUAUUUCUCAGAGGAAGGAUUUUUAUGGUAAGGGUACAGAUUAUAAGAGGUUUUCAGAAACAGAAAAAAGAUAUGCUUUUUCCAGUCAAAUUACGGAUUUAAUUGUAAAGCUUGUAAAUAUAAUUGAAGAAGCUGAAAGAUCAUCUCCAGUACGUGCUUUUGAUAUGCAAAAAAGCAUUUCUACAGCACUAAAAGAUAUGCAGAAACAACUUGAUCUUAUUUCCAAGUAUGAUUGGGACUUUGACAACUACCUAGAAGAAGACGUCCUUGCUGCGGUGAGGUGCCAUCCCUUCUGCGAUGCGUACACCAGCUGACAAUUCGUAAGCCAUGACAACUAACUUGAGUAUUGUUAAACUAAAAUUUUUAUCUUAGAUGGAAUACAUAAAGGAUAAGAGUGAACCAAAUGAUGGCAAGUUACUUGCAAUUGGUCAUUCUAUGGGCGGUAUCUUGCUAUAUGCGAUGCUAUCACGAUGUGUUAUGAAGGAAAGGAUUCUGGAUUGGCAGCAGUCACUACGUUGGCAUCAUCAUUGGACUAUAUGUCUUCUAGAUCGUCACUCAAACUGCUUUUACCCCUGGCAAACCCUGCACAGGUCCUAAAUGUUCCUGUUAUUCCAAUUGGAACAUUGCUUGCUGCUGCCCAUCCUUUUGCAGCUAACCUUCCCUACCUCCUGUCUUGGUUGAGUCCUCAAAUUUCUGCCCCGGACAUGUUGCAGCCAAAGUUGUUUGAAAAGCUUGUUACGGAAAACUUCGGUAAGAAAAUAUGCUUCACCUUUGGCUUCCAGGAUAAUGCACAAAUGCUAAAUGUAGACUCUGGCAUUGAUGCUUUUAACUGUCAUAUUGCUCACUAUGAUAUAGUGGGUGCCCAACGGGCCGUAGAUCUAGUGUAUCCUUGUAAAAUAGAAUUUCUCAAUCAUCAUGAUGCAGCUUGAAGUUGUUGAGACUUCUUCUUCAUUCAAGCUUCGUUCUAUAUUUUUUUCCCCAUGAAGGAAGGAGCCGACUUAAGAAGAAUCUUCAAGCCAGUCUUGCCCUUAAAAUUCUACAUCAACUAGUACAUAUACAUACAUAAAAGGAGGUAAAGGAUCAAUACCAUGCAUGUAGUUGUAUUGUUGUAUUAAAGUUUGUUAAUAUGUACAGACAUUUAGAAAAAGUAGUGUAUGUUUAUAUGGUAUACAUAUAUCACUACUCUCUCUCUUAGACAACAUGUAGUUGUAUCAUUGUAUUAAAGUUUGUUAAUAUGUACAGACAUUUAGAAAAAGUAGUGUAUGUUUAUAUAGUAUACAUAUAUCA